GACUCUAUUUGAACAAGUGAUCUGCUGGCAAAUAUUUACGCUAUGAGCGUAGACGUCUGUUCUUGCUGAGAAACCAAUGCGACUGCUGCUGCUGCGGCUGCCACUGCCAGUGCCACUGCUGUUCCUGCUCCUGCUCAUGUUCCUGCUUCGGAUAGCCACGGGCAAAGCCGCCAAUGAUGUUGGCGCUCGCAUUGUGGGCGGCAUCCCGGUGGAUAUAAGGAGUGUGCCCUACCUGAUCAAUCUGCGCAUUUCCGGCAAUUUCAUUUGUGGCGGCGCUUUAGUUACGCCCACUCAUGUGGUGACGGCAGCACACUGUGUAAAAGGCGUGUCUGCGAGCAGGCUACAAGUGGUGGGCGGUGCGACACUGUUGACGGAUGCAACAGGUGUGCGAAGGAGCGUGGCCAAAGUGUUUACACCCAAAGCCUUCAAUACACGCACCCUGCACUCGGAUGUGGCUGUGCUAAAGCUAAAAUCACCGCUGGAAGGCAACAACAUUGCGACCAUUCCAUUAUGCAACUCCAGCUGGCAACCAGGUGAACUGAUUAAGGUCUCCGGCUGGGGUAAAACGAGUGAGGGCAGUAAACGAGUCUCCCAACACGUCCGCAGCGUGGACGUGCCACUAGUCUCACGGAAGAGCUGCAUAAGCCAAUACAAAAUGCGAGGCACCAUCAGCUCAACCAUGUUCUGCGCCUCACUGCCGGGCGUUAAGGAUGCCUGUGAAGGCGACUCUGGUGGCCCGGCAGUGUAUCAGAAUCAACUGUGUGGCAUUGUCUCUUGGGGCAUGGGCUGUGGCAGACGCAACUAUCCUGGCGUUUAUACAAGUGUCAAAAGUGUUAGGAGUUUUAUCGACAAGGCUUUAAGCAAAUAGGCUAACCAAAAACAUUAAACUAAACAAUAAAUGUGAAUGAUCAAACGAAU